AUGGCAGCAGGCGUAGUCGAAGCGACUGGAAAUGUCCGGCUAGCGCUAUCCCCAAACGACGGGGAAGAAUACGAGGAGAAGGACGAGAGAUCAGGAAGGAACACAUAUCGGGAGAAAGCCGAAUCGGUCAGAAGCAUUGAGGAUACUUUCGAGCAACUUGCAGAAUCCGCAAAUGAUGAAAGCCAAGAAGAAUGGGAAUCUGAUUCCGAAGAAAAAAGCUUGCCAUGGAGCUCAUUAUGGAGAUGCGUCCAGGAGCUGGACAAGUGGCUGAACCGAUUCCAUUCGUCUAACUCGUUCAAAUCGCUGGGAUUACUCCUCCCGAUACUAUCUCGCUGGUUUGAUGAUCUUGACCACCGCAUCCAUGAUCCUGAAAUCAACUCGAAAACCUAUCGACAAGGCUUAGACCGAGACGAAGCCAAGGCGCUGGCCGUGAUGCAACAAAAGUGGCCGAAGCUGCGAAAGCAAGAGACAAAUGUUGACCUCUGUCAGAUUAUCGAACAACAUCCGGUUCAUAUGCCUAUCGUCGGUCUUUGUGACCUGCCCACUCGGGCCGUCCUCGAUUCCCUCGAGCGCGUUCUCUUGGGCCUAUCCCGCCGAGUAGCGCUUCCUGGUCUCAAGCUGACUACGCUGCCAGCAGCAGUGGUCAACUUCAAGAAUGUGAUCUCAUGGUACUUGUCGUUUGGCCCGAUCUUUGGCUUCUCCUCCAGCAGCCCUCUUCGCCCUUCACUUGCAGACCGGACCCGAGACAUAAUCCUUGGGAUUAAAGAUCUGGAUCUUUCGCGGAACUCACUGACAGAAAUCCCCCGGAGUCUGCCGCUGGUCCUUCCUGGCCUGUGCAAGCUGAAUCUCUCUGGCAACCCGCUCGGCUGUCUGCCUGCAAGCCUCUGCCAAUGGAAGCUGGUGAAACUGAGUGUGGACCCGCCCACGCGUCAGCCCUCAGGCCGGCAACGGCUUGCUCGCAUCCUGGCCUGCGCAAGUGACCCCCCAACGCUAGUAGAAAGCUGCUUGAGCCGUCUGAUCAAGUCUCCGGCCCGGCCGGGCUUACCAGUCGUUCCCGCCCCUCAGCCCCCGCUCCCAGCCCAUCUAUCCCGCGCACUCGCAAAGGGACGCCUCUGCGACAACUGCCACCGCUUCCGGUGGUCAGCCCAGAAGGCCAUAUAUCUUCGUGCCCCUCCCGACUAUGCGAUCCGCGGAUUCAAUGGGAACCGCUUGAAACCUCACUUCCUCAUCCUCGGCCCUUCGUUCCUAUGCCCCGCUUGUCUCCACCUUCAUUGCAUCCGCACCCACGCUUUGUAA